AUGACAACCAAGCCCCUGCGCAUCGGCUACGUGCCCGAGCACUUCUCUACGCCCAUCUUCUUUGCCAAGAAACACUACGGGCUCGACGCCGAGCUGAUCCCGUUCCCCUCGGGCACCGGCGCCAUGAUCACGGCCCUGCGCGCCCACGACAUUGACGUCGGCAUCGGCCUCACCGAGGGCUGGAUUGCCGGCCUCGGAAAGAGCGACGUCGCCGACGGAGGCUACAAACUCGUCGGCACCUAUGUCGAGACGCCACUGUGCUGGGCAAUCUCGACGGGCGCGGACCGGCCCGAGAUCACCACCGUGGACUCGCUCAAAGGCGGCAAGAUCGGCGUGUCGCGCAUCGGGUCUGGCAGCUACGUCAUGGGCUACGUGCUGGCCGACGAGCGCGGCUGGCUGGUGCCGACGAUGGCCGUCGGCACGGCGCACGAGUCGGCGUCGCCCUUUGAGGACUUUGUCGUGCUCAACACGUUUGAGAAGCUGCGCGCCGCCGUCAACUCGCGCGCCGCCGACUUCUUCAUGUGGGAGCAUUUCACCUCUAAGCGCUACUACGACUCGGGCGAGAUCCGCCGCGUCGGCGAGAUCUACACCCCCUGGAGCAGUUGGAAGAUUGUCGCCUCGACCACCCUCGUCGACGGCGCCGGCAGCCUCGACCAGCGUGUUGAGGAUCUGCUCGACAAGCUCAACCUCGGCAUCGUGCACUUCAACGAGAACAAGGACAAAGCCGUCGAGUACAUCAGCACGCAGCUCGACUACUCCGUCGAGGACGCGCGCGAGUGGCUGAAGACGGUCAGGUUCCCCGACCGCACCCAAGGCGUCGACCCCGAGGUCGUCAAGCACACGGUGGACGUCCUGAGGAAGGCCGGUGUCUUGUUUGAGAAGAAGGGGAUACAGCCCGACGCCAUGAUUGCCAAGAGUCGCUGA